AUGGUCGUGGCGAGAUCUCAUUUAGUGCGUAAAGUGAGUGAAUCCAUUAAUAUUGUGAGUGCCUCACAAUAUUUUGUCGUUAUUUCCCACUUCUCGCGGUUUCUUCUCCCUCUUUUCCGUCUCAUUUGCCACGUCAGUUGUCUCGAUGCUCCGUCACUUGCUCCGCGAGCACACACACACACAAUUGAUCCCCCUCCCUCAUGACACUUUAAAAUACACACAAAAAGAGGUCCUUUUGUUUUUUUUUCUGAAAUUGUGUUUAGUUUUCGCUUUGUGCGUCUUUCACGUUUGUGGGUCUCGCCACGAAAAGUGGAAUAUCUUCAGAAUUACUGGUUUUGAGGGGAAAUAGGUUGUAAGAAAGUUGUAGAGCAUGAAAUUUGCAACAAAUAUCUAGUUGACAACUUUUGAGAAUAAGUAUUUGCUCUCGAGAUAUAGGUCUCCAAAGAUAGCUUUUGUUUUGCAACUUUUCAAAGGCAAUCUGAUAGGGGCCGAGGUACUUUUAAUGAUAUUAGUGGCCAUCUUUAAGUUGUCUUACAUUUUUUUCCUUCGUUUUUCACUCUCCAAACUGUACUUACCAACCAGACAUCCCCAAUACCAAUACCGUGUAUUCAACGCGUUAUAUCUCAGCUAUCAAUAGAGAUAUCAAAAAGUGGUCAACUGAUGAAAUGUACAGAAUUUCUUGCCAAACAUUUCAUCAGUUGACCACUUUUUGAUAUCUCCCCCCGCAACCGAGAUAUCCUUGAUUUCCAGAUGGCCUCCCGCGGACACGUGUUUUGCGUGGGCGUCUCCAGUUUCCUGGCCGUUUGCUCGUUGAUUUUGCUCGUCGUCGUCCUCUUUUCCGCGUCGUUCCGAUACAAUUUGGACAAUUUGGAGGGCACCAAAAACUACGGACUCUUCCGAUUCUGUUAUACGCCCAAAACGGACUCACAAUCGCGAGACGGUAAUUUUUGUGGAAUUAAAAGCAACACCACCUGAAAAAUGUUCGUUUUCAGAUGACAGUAACUCGAAGACGUGCCACCUACGCAACUACAUUAAUUCGGAUUACUGUACAGAACGUCAUCGCGCCACUUUUAAUCACGAAAAAUCGGCGAGAAACUGUUUUGGUGGUUGGUUUUAUUAUCAUUGCAAACAUAGCAAUUACUUUUAAAAAAACUUGAGGGCCACCUGGUCCUUUAAUUAAAACACUUGAAAUUUUUCCAGAUUUCGAGCUGGCCACAAUAAUCCUGAUCGCCGCCUCUAUGGCCUGCUCCAUUUUGGCCGUUUUCUUCUCAAUUUGCACAAUUUUCACGUCAUUCGGAGCAUUGGCUCAGAGUGUUGUGCUCGUUUCGGCGGGUGAGAAACUGGAAAAGUUCUGAUUUGCCGCGUGUAUAUCACCGCGCGCAACUCCGAAAAACCAGUGGUCCAGGUGAUGUAGCUGUAACGCUUUUGCCGUCGGCGCGGUCGACCAAAGUUCGAUGCCGACCGGCGUCAAAAGUCUUUUGCUUUGUUUCUCCGCACCUAAUUUGAUGUGUUUUCUGCAAAAAUCUAGUUUUUCAGCCAUUUGCUCUCUGUCCGGUUUCCUCACAUUCACCUACAAUUACGAGUUGAAGGACAAUCAGUACGAAGUGAUCAGCGGAUAUCAAUAUCAGGUGGGAGACAAAGUACAAGUGGUUUUUGUGUUUUACAUGGUGGCCCACCGUUACCCGUCCAAAAAAAGUGUUCGAAUAUUGUAGAUCCACUACGGCUGGGCGUACUACGUGUUCGGCGUCUCCUCGCUGCUCCAAUGGUCUUCAUUCGUGUGCAGUCUGUUCGGAUCCGCGUUCCUUCUCGUCAACAAGAACAAAAAAAGACAGUCGAAAGUGACGAGCACCUCCCUUUAA